AUGCGGGGCCAGGGCCGCAAGGAGAGUUUGUCCGAAUCCCGCGACCUGGACGGCUCCUACGACCAGCUCACGGGCCACCCUCCAGGGCCCACUAAAAAAGCGCUGAAGCAGCGGUUCCUCAAGCUGCUGCCCUGCUGCGGGCCCCAAGCCCUGCCCUCAGUCAGUGAAAUUGCCCGGGUCUUCCGCUUUCUUGGUGACAGUUCGCUCCCUUCAGCAUUAGCCGCCCCAGCCUCCCUCAACCCCUACAGACCCCGCCCGCUGGACCCAGACAGCGUGGAGGAUGAGUUUGAACUGUCCACCGUAUGUCACCGGCCCGAAGGUCUGGAACAGCUACAGGAGCAAACCAAAUUCACGCGCAAGGAGUUGCAGGUCCUGUACCGUGGCUUCAAGAAUGAAUGUCCAAGUGGAAUUGUCAAUGAGGAGAACUUCAAGCAGAUUUAUUCCCAGUUCUUUCCUCAAGGAGACUCCAGCACCUAUGCCACUUUUCUCUUCAAUGCCUUUGACACCAAUCAUGAUGGUUCUGUCAGUUUUGAGGAUUUUGUGGCUGGUUUAUCAGUGAUUCUUCGGGGAACCAUUGAUGACAGGUUAAACUGGGCCUUCAACUUGUAUGAUCUCAACAAGGAUGGCUGCAUCACCAAGGAGGAAAUGCUCGACAUCAUGAAGUCCAUCUAUGACAUGAUGGGCAAAUACACGUAUCCUGCACUCCGGGAGGAGGCCCCAAGGGAACAUGUGGAGAGCUUCUUUCAGAAGAUGGAUAGGAACAAAGAUGGUGUGGUGACCAUUGAGGAGUUCAUUGAAUCUUGUCAAAAGGAUGAGAACAUCAUGAGAUCCAUGCAGCUCUUUGACAAUGUUAUCUAG